AUGAGUCUAGGUGGUGAGAUGAGACUCAGGGUUGCUACUAGGAUGUUGGAUGGUAGAGCUCGAAUUUGGUGGGAAAGUUUGAAGAGUAGAUCAUUUGGGCAGGUUACUUGGUCAGACUUCUUGCGAGAAUUUGAUGAAGAAUAUUACACCCGGUUUCAUCGUGACAAGAAGAGACAUGAAUUUAUGAGACUAAUUAAAGGGAACAAGACAGUUGCAAAAUAUGAGAUAGAGUUGAAGGAUUUGGCUGGUUUUGUUCCAGAUUUAGCACCUACUGAGGAGGUUCUUUGUUCUAAAUUUGAAGUUGGUUUGAACUUAGGCAUCAGAAAAAGAAUGACAGUCACAAGUAAGCAAAACUUCAAGGAGGUGGUACAGUCAGCUUUGAGGGGAGAGCAGUUGGUUAGAGAAGGCAAGAGAGUUCGAAAGAACAUUGCUAAGAGAAGAAGCAUGGAGAUGGGCCAACCUUCCAAGAAAAGCAGGAGUGAGGGUUCCUCUAGGGGCGCUUCUACUUCAGCCCUGCUAGACCUCCAUCAUCUCAGAGUGGUGACCAGCAGAGAUUCUCAUGUUCUGACAGUGCUCCUACUAUCAAAGGUCCAGAAACCAUGUUUCAAGUGUUGGAACUAUGGGAAGUCUCACAAAAGGCAGUGUCAGGCACCUCGCAAAUGCUUCCAAUGUGGUCAAAUUGGACACUUGAGAUCAGUAUGUCCAGAGCUAGGACGGGGUGGAUCUGCACCAUCAUCUCAGGGCCGUCCUAACUAG